AGGAGAAGAAGCCGAAGGAAGAGGAGGAGGCGAAAGAGGAGAAGAAGCCGCAGCGGGCGCCGCAGGAGCGAGUGAGCUAGGAGCGCGGGGUUACGGCGCGAAGAGGCCAGGCGGCCCGGCGGGCGCAGGAGGUUCGGCCAAGGCAGCGGCGCCGACUCCGUUCCACUCUCGGCCCGGAUCCAGGCCUCCGGGUUCCCAGGCGCUCGCCUCCCUCUGACGCACUUUAAAGAGUCUCCCCCCUUCCACCUCAGGGCGAGUAAUAGCGACCAAUCAUCAAGCCAUUUACCAGGCUUCGGAGGAAGCUGUUUAUGUGAUCCCCGCACUAAUUAGGCUCAUGAACUAACAAAUCGUUUGCACAACUUGUGAAGAAGCGAACACUUCCAUGGAUUGUCCUUGGACUUAGGGCGCCCUGCCCGCCUUUUGCAGAGGAGAGAAAACUUUUUUUUUUGCCUCCCCCGAGAAACUCCCCCCCCCGCGCGCCUCUAACUCCGAUCCCCCCACGCCAUCUCGCCCCCCCCCAAAAAAAAUUACCCCAAUCCACGCCUGCAAAUUCUUCUGGAAGGAUUUUUCCUCCUCUCUCCAGGUUGGGCGCGUUUGGUGCAAGAUUCUCGGGAUCCACGGCGUUCUCUCUCCCUCCCCCUCCCCCUCCUUUCCUUUUUCCUUUCCUUUCCUUUCUUUCUUCCUUUCCUCCCCCCACCCCCACCCCCAACAAACAAGUCCCCAAUUCCCGUCCGUCCUUGCCGCGGGCAGCGGACAGCGGGCGGCGGAGGCAGCGCGCCGCGGUCGCCGGGAGCCGGGAGCCCCGGGCGCCCGCUCCUCGGCACAGCAUGUUCCAGCCGGCGCCCAAGCGCUGCUUCACCAUCGAGUCGCUGGUGGCCAAGGACAGUCCCCUGCCCGCCUCGCGCUCCGAGGACCCCAUCCGUCCCGCGGCGCUCAGCUACGCCAACUCCAGCCCCAUAAACCCGUUCCUCAACGGCUUCCACUCGGCCGCCGCCGCCGCCGCCGGCAGGGGCGUCUACUCCAACCCGGACUUGGUGUUCGCUGAGGCGGUCUCGCACCCGCCCAACCCCGCCGUGCCAGUGCACCCGGUGCCGCCGCCGCACGCCCUGGCCGCCCACCCCCUGCCCUCCUCGCACUCGCCACACCCCCUCUUCGCCUCGCAGCAGCGGGACCCGUCCACCUUCUACCCCUGGCUCAUCCACCGCUACCGAUAUCUGGGCCACCGCUUCCAAGGGAAUGACACAAGCCCAGAGAGCUUCCUUUUGCACAACGCGCUGGCCCGAAAGCCGAAGCGGAUCAGAACCGCCUUUUCCCCGUCCCAGCUUCUGAGGCUGGAACACGCCUUCGAGAAGAACCACUACGUGGUGGGCGCCGAGAGGAAGCAGCUGGCGCAUAGCCUCAGCCUCACGGAAACUCAGGUAAAAGUAUGGUUUCAGAACCGAAGGACGAAGUUCAAAAGGCAGAAGCUGGAGGAAGAAGGCUCAGAUUCUCAACAAAAGAAAAAAGGGACGCACCAUAUUAACCGGUGGAGAAUCGCCACUAAGCAGGCGAGUCCGGAGGAAAUAGAUGUGACCUCAGACGAUUAAAAACAAACAGAACCCCACGAAACGGACAACACGGAGCAAAACAGAGACAGGGAUAGGAGGGGAAGAAGAAAAAAAGAAAAACCACACAACCCUACAAAACAAAAACAAACCGCACACACACAUUCACCGAGAAGGGGACAGGGAGUCAGAGGAGCGGCGCGUCGCAGACGUGGGGCAGCCAGAGCGCAGGGUCCUGAUCCGAGGCCGCGCAGAGAUGGCAGAGGAAGGAGGCUCCUUGAUGAACAUGCAACCCUUGUCUAAAGAGGCAGCUGAGUGAGUGAAUGAGACAGUGAGAGUGAGAGAGAGAGAGAGAGGGGGAGAGAGGGAGAGAGAUCCAAAGGUGGCAAAGCCGAAGGGCUCUGACAAGGGGAGCUGUCAGUCAAACGCCAAACCAGCGAGACAAGAUGAUUGGCAGGUAUUCCGUUUAUCGCAGUCCGAUGUUUUUUUUUAAUGAUGAUGAUAAUGAUGGUGAUAAAAGAAAAAACUCAACCAGGCACAGGACUUUAUUUUGCACUUCGAGUGUUUUUUUCCCCCAAUCUUUAAAAAUAAUUAGUAAUCUUAACAAUCGAAAUUCCAUAUCCAGCCCCAUCCCACACCUUUUCAAAAACUUGAAUUGCAUGUAGCAGUUGUUGGGCGAAUGGUGUCUAAAGAGUCUAAAGACAGAAAAUGAAUUGUCAUAUGCUUUUCCUUUUAAAGACAGGUUCUGCGUGUUCUUAUUUUGGUUUUUUUCCGAAACGUGCAGUCUGUAAACACUUUUUGAUACCUUCUGACUGUCAAAGUGAUUGUGAAAGCUAAAUGAAGUAGGCUCAGCGAUAGUGGUCCUCUUACAGAGAACCGGGGAGCAGGAUGGGGGGCUGGGGGUGGCGGGGGAGGGUGCCCACAAGAGGAGUCAGGACUUGUGCUGGAAAAAAAAAAACCCUAAAUUAAUUAUAUUUCUUGGACAUUCCCUUUCCUAACAUCCCGAGGCUUAAACCCACGAAGUAAACUUCUCCUUUUAGUGGUUGGAGAUAUCGGCCGAGUUCAACCAUUUGCCAUAAGGGCCAUUUCAAACUUUAAAUAUAUCUAUUGCAAAAACCGAAGGACUGUAGUUAGCGGGGAUGAUAAGUUAUGGCCAAGGACACGGCGGCAAGUUUUCAAGCACUGAGUUUCUAUUCCAAGAUCAUAGACUUACUAAAGAGAGUGACAAAUGCUUCCUUAAUGUCUUCUAUACCAGAAUGUAAAUAUUUUUGUGUUUCGUGUUAAUUUGUUAGAAUUCUAACACACUAUAUACUUCCAAGAAGUAUGUCAAUGUCAAUAUUUUGUCAAUAAAGAUUUAUCAAUAUGCCCUC